AUGGCCCUGGACCACGGGCCCCUCACAAACCAGCGGUUUGCUGCAGCUAUUCGCGACAGCAAAACCAUCGUCUGGAACGGCCCCAUGGGCUACGCAGAAAACCCCGCCUUCCGCGAAGGCACAGCAGCAGUGGCGGAAGCAGCAGCAGCAGCAACAGCAGCAGGAGCAGUGAGCAUUGUGGGGGGGGGAGACUCUCUUGCUGCAGUUAAGCUGCUGCAGCAGCAAAAUGCCAAUCUGCAGCUAACCCACUUAUCCACAGGGGGCGGGGCCACACUCAAGCUCCUCGAGGGGGCCCCCAUGCCUGCCUUGCAGGCCCUUACUUCUCGCCAGCAGCUGGAGCAGCUAAUUCAUUGA